GGGGAGACACACCGGAAGUCCCCGCUCUCUUCCUCGCGACGCUCUGUGAACAGAAACCAUUUACAUCUUGUUUCCUCGUUAUCAAAGUAUCCUCAGCGUUUGAAGUAAGUAUCUUAUUUUACUAUCAACGUGACAUGUUUGACUUGAACAGAAGCAUAAGUGAAUGUGAAGAUUCUUAAGUAGAAGUUUACGAUCGUUCACCGGGUUCAUGAUGUUGUUAGCUAGAGUGCUAUUGAUUCAACAUUAGCAUGCUAGCUGUUUCUCUGAAGAAGCGCGAGGACGCUUUACGUGUCGAGGUUAUAAAAACACCGAGUUAUUUCAGUAAAUUCCAGAGAGUUUGUGGUUCAGAAAGUAGGUAAAUUGAGAUUAUAGGGCGCAACGCUGAUAUGUCGUGUUCUUAAACAUGAAGUAUGCAUUGAGUACUCAUGUAUUAUAGUUCAGAGACCAGGCAGUUUCAUUUGUCUCAUUUAAAUCUUGAAGGGAUAUUUCGGCGUAAAAUUAAGUUAUUGUCAAACACAACGUAACACCAACUUAAGUAACGACCACACGAUAGCAACACACAGUGGUCUGAGGAGCCAUAAACAGCACCUAACUUCAUCAACAGUACAUCAACACAGCCUAAUUUCUUAUGGAAAGAGAUUAAACACAACUCACCCACUUUCCUCCAGCAGCCAAUCCGUUACGGACUACAGCGGGGUGUCGCAGCUCAAGGAAGAACAUUUAUGUUCAUGUCUUCAUGGAAAUCCAAUCAGACUGAGACGCAAAGGCAGAAGAACUACCACGUCUGCAGUGCAAAAUGAUUAAUAUGAUGAUUAUUACUUCAAGUAAAUGAUAAAGGAUUGAUCAUAAAUGUUCUUCCUUGAGCUGCGUCACCCCGCUGUAGUCCAUAAUGGACUGGCCUGAGGUCUCGCUACAAACAAGCAGCUGCUGGAAGAGAGUAGGUGAGUUGUGUUUAGUCUCUUUGCCAAAGAAAUUAGGCAAAGCGUAAAAGAUGUUUGGUGGCUUGUACUGUGGCUGGGAUCCUAUAUGUACUGUUGAUGAAGUUAGGUGCUGUUCUGAGCAUGAUAUGUGGCUAUAGAGUGGCUUUUUGGUUGAGGUUUGUUUAUGGCUCCUCAGACCGCUGUGUAUUACUAUCGUACAGUCAUUACUAAAGUUGGUAUAACUAGAGAAGCAAGCGGUCAGCAACAUUCAUCUCUCAAGGGGGUGUCUAACUUGGUGUUACAGUGUGUUUGACCCUAAAUUAAUUUUACGCCGGAAUAUCCCUUUAAGACAAGAUACAAACACAAAAAAAAUCAGACUUAAAACAUAUUGACCAAAACCUUUUAACAGACUUUUGGACAGCAGAGUCAGGGCUAGGAAUCAAUGCAGGCUUAUCAUAUUAUUGCUCAUUCUUGGAGCCUCUGGUCAAAUUGGCCAAUAUUAAUCUUUUCACUGGAAUGUAUAUGAUGAGAAAUGUCGACCUCAGAGCAGUGGACACAUCCUACUUUAGGACACUUGAGAUUAGGCCUGCACGAUAUAUCGUUUGACUAUCGUCAUCGCGAUGUACGUGUGUGCGAUAGUCACAUCGCAGAGCCUGCGAUAUUGGAGGUGAAUGAACUCAUUUAAUUUCAAGGGUAACCGACUGAGAUACACUCCAUGUGACUCUGCAUGUGCUGUGCAGCGAUCCACCAAUCACCUUCGUCCUUAACUCAGUUGCCAAUCAGACUCACUUCUCAGUUGCCAAUCAGACUACCCUGCCAGCUGUCAAUCAAAAUCAGGGAGGAGGAAACCCACCCCUGCACAUGUUCUGCACAUGGAGGGAGACGUGUGUCCGCUGAGAAUUACUUUCGGAACUUUACUGACUGUUAAGCCCAACAAAUAAGAACUGUAUGGGUUUUAAAUUGUACAUUUCCAUGGACCACUCUACUAUAAGCAGUGCGCGUUUUGCGAGGUGCAUGCAAUUCUCGGAGGACAUGCGUUUCUCGGCACAACACCGCUAACAACAACAACAACGAUCGCAAAAUGAACAACGAACAAGCGAAAUCCACCGAAAAUGAAGAUUUGUUGCCAAAAAGAAAAGGAAAGUCAGUUAUCUGGAAUGAUUUCGGUUAAAAGAAGGAUAAUGUCGACCAAAACACGUCUUCUGUGUUCAUCUGUUGCCACAAUAACGUCCCAGCACAAUAAAAGCUAAAAAUAUCUCUGAGACAGACAGAAGCCGUUCUACUAACAUUCACAAAAAGAGGUAAGAUCAGAGCAGAUUAACUGUCCUCAAGAUUUCAGCGGUGCAGCAUAACAUUAAGUGUUAUUCAGGUCAUCUGGUGAAAAUUCCUGUAUUUUUAAUAUCGCAAUAUAUAUCGCAGGGUUGAAAAAAUCGCAAUAUUAUUUUUUUCCAAUAUCGUGCAGCCUUACUUGAGAUCAUAAAAGUCAAGAACAAAACAAGUAUUUGUCAGCCUGCACCAAAAUAUCUAAAUAAGUAGAGGGUAAAUUUGUUUUCUUGACUUAGAUACAUUCAGCGUGGUCUUCCCAGGAGUACAAACGGUCCAUCAUUACAUCCAAGUACUUAAAAGAAGGCCUUUGUUCGACUUUUAUCAUGAUGAUAUGAAUAAGCUUUAUGAGUCAGAUAGUGUGACAAAUAUAACAUACUCAGUUCUUUGGAUUUACUUACAAAGCCUUACAUUCACUCCACUUGACCACUUGGGUCAUCCAAGUCGUUAAGCAAAUAGGUUUCGAGCCAUGUCAUCAUCAUUAUGUCAUAUGACCUCUAAACAUCCUUUGGCCUCCGAUUUCAUUCCAUUUUCACUCACACUCUUAUACCCAGUGUCUGCCCCUGCAUGAAUCCUGUAUUCAGUCAUAUUUUUCCCCCUCUCACCAGAGCUUCAGGGACUCCCAUUCCAGCAACAAUGACCGACCGAUACAACAUCCACAGUCAGUUGGAGCAUCUUCAGUCCAAAUACAUCGGCACAGGACAUGCUGACACCAGCAAGUGGGAGUGGUUGGUCAACCAGCAUAGAGACUCUUACUGCUCUUACAUGGGACAUUUUGACCUGCUCAACUACUUCUCUGUGGCUGAGAAUGAGAGCAAAGCGCGUGUCCGCUUUAACUUGAUGGAGAAGAUGCUUCAGCCGUGUGGACCACCAGCAGACAAACCCGAUGAUGCAUAGAAAACACAGUGUCUUUUUUUUUAUUUUUCCCACAUUUUUGUAGGAUUUGGGAUUUCUGCCGCAAUAAUUACAAACCAUGUCAUGCUACGAUUUUUCUUUUUUUUAGUCGUCUGAGGCCUCAGCCCUGUGUGACCCUGCCCAUGCUGAAUGAUUAUUCACUUAAAAACCAUAAGACACUUGGACUCUGAUCUUUACACUUUCUGCAUUUGGAACACUGAUUCUCUUUCUUGCCCCAGGAUUUAAAGUUUUAUUCAAGAGGAUGAUUAAAAAUGUGCACAUGGGGGAAACACAAUCUGUUCGGGUGUUGUAAUAUGUUUAGAAGCCUCUGUUGUGAUUAAUUAAAUCACUGGUUUAAAGUUG